AUGUCACCACCCAGCUCAACCGAUACUGCCAUCACCGUCGGAUCUCACAAUGACGAAGGGCGCGAAACCGAGAGCUUGUCCGAGAGCGUGCUAGAACACAUGUAUGAACAUAGACUGCGAUACCAUGCAUACCGGGCUGGAAAAUACGCCUUUCCCAACGAUUUGGUCGAACAGGACCGCGACUUCAUGAAGCAUCUCAUCAGCAACCUUCUUUGCGACAGAUGGUAUCUGUCACCCGUGGACGACGUAUUAGCAAGAGGUGGUGAAGUGCUUGACCUUGUCGCGGAGUGGUUCCCUGACUCAACGUUCCUCGGUAUCGACCUGUCACCCAUUCAGCCCUCGGAGGUUCCUCCCAACGUUCAUUUCAUGGUGGAUGACUUUGAGCACGAGAACGGAUGGGCACUGGACGAAGAGUUUUACGAUUUUAUCCACCUCCGUCACACACUUCACUCAGUGCGAGAUCGCAUGGAGCUCAUGAAUCGAGCUUACCGACACCUCAAGCCCGGUGGCUGGUUCGAGAUUCAAGAACUCGAGUUCUCCCCCCUCUGUGACGACGGCACAACACCCGAGGGUGAUGGCUACGGCUUCCGUGUUUUCACUAAUUACUUAGAGGCGGGAAUGAGAGCAUUGGGAUCGGAAAUGCACGGUAUCCGAUACGCCGCCGACGAAAUGCGAUUGUCGGGUUUCGAAAGCGUCCACGAGGACAGACGAAAGUGUCCGAUUGGCGACUGGGCCGCUAAGCCUGAAUUACGGGAGGCAGGCGGUUUGAUGCGGAGGACAAUCGAGGACGGCCUGAAAGGUCUGGCGACACGGCCUUUCAGAGCGCUGCAGUGGACGGAGGUGCAGAUCGAAAUUUUCCUCAUGAACGUGAGGCCACACGUUGCCAACAAGGGAUUCCACGCUUACCUCAACCACCGAACUGUAUACGGACGGAAGCCGCUGAACGCACCGAGACGAGCCUGA